GAUGAAUUGCAGUGGCGCCCGGGCGGGCUGCGCGGCGCGCUCGGUGCAUGUGGGGGCCGCAUCAGAGCCGCGGCGGCUGCGUCUGGAGUCGCGCGUGCUGGCCAGGAAGCCCCUCGCGUGGACCUGCCAAGCGUCGCUGCUCCGGCUGGAGGAGCUCACUCUUUUUCUACCGCGCCAGCCGCAGCUGCCCGCGCGGAGGACGACAGCAGGGCCCUAGGCUGAAGUUUAAAACCCCACGGAAGGAACAUGAGGUUCCCUUGGAGAUCAUUCAAGAGGAAGAUAGAAGGAGCCAUUUAAAAUAGAGGAAAACUAUAGGCUGCAAGACUGGGGCCUGAGGGCUGGCAGUGGAAAACUUUGUUGGGUUGUGAUCUCUCACUGAAAAGUCCCAAGUGCCUUUUCACUUCCUGCAAAAGGAAGGAAGACAAGGAGGAGACCAUGUCCAUAGCCCUGAAGCAAGUGUUCAACAAGGACAAAACCUUCCGGCCCAAGAGGAAAUUUGAACCUGGCACACAGAGGUUUGAGCUGCAUAAACGAGCUCAGGCAUCCCUCAACUCAGGUGUGGACCUGAGAGCAGCCGUGCAGCUGCCCAGCGGGGAGGACCAGAAUGACUGGGUGGCUGUGCAUGUGGUGGACUUCUUCAAUCGCAUCAACCUCAUCUAUGGCACCAUCUGUGAGUUCUGCACUGAGCAGACCUGCCCUGUGAUGUCAGGGGGUCCCAAAUAUGAGUAUCGGUGGCAGGAUGACCUCAAGUAUAAGAAGCCAACUGCACUACCGGCUCCCCAGUACAUGAACCUGCUUAUGGAUUGGAUUGAAGUCCAGAUCAACAACGAGGACAUAUUUCCAACGUGUGUUGGUGUUCCCUUCCCAAAGAACUUCCUUCAGAUCUGCAAGAAGAUCCUGUGCCGCCUGUUUCGGGUCUUCGUCCAUGUCUACAUCCACCACUUUGACCGGGUCAUUGUGAUGGGUGCAGAGGCUCACGUCAACACCUGCUACAAACACUUCUAUUACUUCGUCACGGAGAUGAACCUCAUAGACCGCAAGGAGCUAGAGCCCUUGAAAGAGAUGACAACCAGGAUGUGUCACUAACAUUCCACCUCAUCUUCCGGAAGAAAGGAGCGCUGUCUCUCCCAGGAAUCCCCAUGGGACAGGAAGUGGCCCUCCCCGGCUGAAGCGGUCCCUACUUCCUGGAGCAGGAAAGCUGGAGCCCCACACGGACUUCUGAGAGAUGUCUCCUACCCACUUCGUGCGCUCUUAACCCUCUAAGUGCUGCUAGCCAGGGCUCGUGGGCCAGACAGACCACAGCAUGAAGGACCAGCUUGCCGCCUUAGGCUGAGGACGGUGCGGGAGAGGCCUCGCGCUUCCUCCACUUCUGCCUGUGACCUGCCCCCCAGGCUUCACUGGAAUUCAGGUUUUGAGACUGAGAGGUUUUUUGUCUUUGUUGUUCUUUUCCACUUAAGUCUUAUCAGACAUCUUAACUAACUUCUCUGUCAUUUAUUUUUCUAAGUACCAAGCAAAUUUGGGGAAUACCAUAUAAGCAGUACCUUUUCCUAUCCCACCUCUCCUCGAGUCCCUGCGGACCCCCGGCUCUGGGCCUAUGGCUUAACCUUGUAUAGGGCUCGGAGCUCGGAGGGGCCUGCAGUUCUCCGGGCAGCGUCCAUGGCUUUUCCCUCAUAGGCGGUUUCACCAGGGACCACCUGAUGGGGUGCGUGAUCUGUGCCCCAGGCAGGCCAUUCACAUGCUCACCACUGGGGAGAGUCUGGGACUGGAAGUGAGCUGGUGCAUUACCACUCUGCCCUGGUCAGGAUGGAUCCUAACAGUCAUUUCUACACUCUUCCAUUAAGAUGUACUUUCCCAUUUCCCAGAAGAGAGAAAUAAAGUUACAAAUGACCCCUGGGAUCUUGAGCCAGAUUAGUGCGGUGUUUGUUCUCCACUGAGGGGUAGUGAGUCCUGGCUACCCAGACACAUCACAGUACUGGGAUUUCAGUAACAAGAGCAGACAGUUGGUACCUGGUACAUGUGGAUCAAAUACACUUGUCUUGUAGCCUGCCCAGCUUGACCCCAGAGCUUCUGAACUCAGCUGAUGUUUUCUCUCCUCUCUUCCUCUGAUCCCUGGUUUCCUUCCCUGUCCCACCCAUUCUUUGUCCAUCUCUUUAUCAUUCUCUCUUCUCUAUGAUCUCCACUCUCUAUUCUCUCCUCUCCCCCCUCUCUGUGUAGGGCUCUCUC